UUUUUUUUUUUGGCGCGCGGACUCAGGACGACGACCCCCCAGCACCGCCGGCCCGGCUUCGAUCAAAUUCGUUUGAAUUCGCGCUUCGUCUUCGAGAACAAAAUCUAUUAGGCCCUAACUUUCUUUCAAAGCAGGCCAGGUAAAGUAAAGGGGACAAGUGACGAAACUAUGAACUACGGUAUAACUAGCUAGAUGCAUUACAUCUUGUAGCCGCCGCGGUACAACGUGUUUUAAAUUCGAACAAAACAGAGGAUCAUCAACUUCAACAAGCGGGUCAGCUAUCCUCAAGGCUAGCUACAGUACGUACUACUUGCUGAGGGCCAUCAAGAGUGGAAUUUGAAUCUGUGAUCACGAAAUAGAUACUCUCGGAGUCAGACCCGGUAUCAAGUGACAAAUCUCAUGGAAACAGAUCAUGCGAUCACUACUACUCCUCCAAGUUCAACAACAUUGACAGGUGGACAUACGAAAGGACUAGAUCCUGGAAUAAUAGCCUUGUGUAGUCUUGUGGUUGUUGGUUUAUUUGCACUCCUUACUUGGUUGUUUGGCAGUGGUGUCUGUAGAAAACCCAUUAAACAGUGUGUAAACAAAUAUUGUCCAGGGUGUCUGAAAACUGCAGAUGUUGAAAAUCCUCAAUCUUCAAGUAGUCAACAGCAAAAUAGAGAUAGUAGUGAAUGUGAGCGCUUAGAAGUCCACGGUCAAACUCAUCAAGGAAGUGCUGAAGAUCUUGUUCCUGGGACGGGUUCACCAAAUGAUGAAACUGAUAGAUCUACACUGUUAAACCAGACAAGGUCUUCAGAUCGUCAUACAGAGAGGAGUGAAAUAUCUGAAGGAAAUCAUUCAAUUGAAACUACUACUUCUACUCCUGUGGUUAAUGCAGAAAUUCACGGUCAAACUCUUCAAGGAAGUGCUGACGAUCUCAUUCCUGUGACAAGUUCACCAAGUGAAAUAUCUGCACUGUUAAACCAGACAAGGUCUUCAGAUAGUCUUACAGAGAGGAGUGAAUUAAUUGAAGGUGAACAAACAUUGACAUCGAGAACAGAUGAGAUGGAUAUAGGUAAUGGGAGAUUUCCACCACUCGGGAAUAUUCUCACAAAUGAAUACUUCAUGGAUCUUGCUCAGGAGAUUGGAACUGAAUGGAAAGAUCUUGCCAUUCGACUGGAGUUCUCCAAGGCAGAAAUUGAACGUAUAAUAGAACGUGAGAGGGAUAUUAAAUACCGAACCUUGGAAAUCCUUCAGUGCUGGCAUCAGAGAACAUCUAAUAUAGAUAUGGGGAGGAAAGUAGAGAUUCUUUGUAAAGCCUUGAUGAAAUGUGGUCGCGAAGAUCUCUCAGAUAAAGUGAAGGCAGAUGCUGAACGUUGCUCUUAAAGGGCAGAUCAGAUAUUUAAUUGCAAGUAAAAGUUUAUUCUGCUUCAAAUUUAAUGAUUAUUUUUUAUUUCAGUUUAUGUGAUAAGAUGGGAAUUGUGAUAGAUUCUUAAUUGCUUUUAUAGUUGUUACUAAGAAUCUUGUAGACUUGUGCUGUUAUCCCUGUCCUUAUCAUUCAAACUUCAGUUGAAUGUGGCACUACUACCAUAGGUAUACACUCAUUACUCUAAUUCCUGUAAUUCACUUAAACUUUAGCAAGUGUAGAAAUCACACAUUCUGAGGCUGGUUUGUAUAAGAAUUAACUAAGACCAUACUUAUUUCACUAACCAAACGAUGCAGGCACAAAGCGCGAGCUGAAAUAUUUUGAUAUUCAGAUCAGAAUGAGGGACAU